AUGGAUAUCACUCCCUACGAGGCCGCUCGGUCCCGAUCUCGGUCCAGGUCCCGUACCAGAAACUCCACCGCCAAUUCCCGUUCCACGUCAGCCACAAGAAGACCAAGCUUGGGAUCCCGUAAAUCGAUCUCGGGCUCUUCGUUGAACAGUCUUACGUUGACACAGCAGCAUUUUGACAAUGGCGCUGAGAUGACCAUCCCGUCCGUGCUGGUGACGCUAGAUAACACGUUGCCGUUGGAUUUCUUCAAACAGGAGCUUAUCGCUCUUAUUAGAGCACUUAGAAUCAGCAAGUGGCAUAAGAAGUACUUGACGGUGAACAAUGUGGUGGUGACCCGUAUUUCGGGCGCUCUUACCAAUAGCAUCUAUAAAGUGGAGCUUAAGGAUCCGGCUUUCACGGCGCCUUCGUUGUUGUUGCGUGUUUAUGGUAAGAACGUGGACUCUAUUAUUGAUAGAGACUAUGAGCUUAGCAUUUUGGUGAAGCUCUCGCCGAAGAAGAUUGGACCUAAGCUUUUGGGAAUCUUUUCCAAUGGCCGGUUUGAGCAGUUCUUGGAGGGCUUUUUGACAAUGACGAAGCUGCAUGUUAGGAGCCCGGUCAUCUCCCAGAUGAUAGGACGCAGAAUGAAGGAUUUGCAUUACAAGAUUGAAUUAGACGAUAGAGACAGGGCCUCGGAUUUCCCGCAGGCCUGGAUCCAGAUCCAGAAAUGGCUCAAUGUGUUUGAAAAGACGUUCUUGCCAUUGUACAAGCCAGAGGAGAUCGCUGACAUUGUGCUUUUGCCGUGGGAUCAGUUCAAGCAAUUGGUUUUCACGUACAGAGACUGGCUCUUUUCCAAGUACGACCUGUCACGGUUUUCAGAGAAUUAUAGAUUUUGCCAUAACGAUACUCAGUAUGGUAAUUUGCUUUUGAGAGAGACGUUUGAUCCAGAUGAGGUUAUUCAACCUGCGGAUAGUUCUGGAGUGAACACCACCAACAGAAGAGACAAUGAUUUGGCUGUGAUUGACUUUGAGUACUCGGGAGCUAACUUCCCAGCGUACGAUAUUGCCGAUCAUUUUGCCGAAUGGAUGUCUGACUACGCGGAUGAAAAGCAACCUCACGUCAUCCACGAGGAAGCCUUCCCCAAACAAGCCGAGCAAUUGAACUUGAUCAAAUCGUACAUUGAGUACGAUUUCCGUGUGCCUACGUCCAACCUCAGAACCAAGAACAAACCGUCCAUCAACGAAUCGGAUGUUCUGCAAAUGCAAGAGUACGAAAUCAAAAAGCUCUACAAUGAAGUCGUAUUGUGGCGUUCCACCGUGCAAUUCUUCUGGGCCAUCUGGGGUCUUCUCCAGAACGGACCACCUAAAAAGACCGACAUUGGCUUGCUCGGCUUCAACUCUGAAGAAAAAGGUGUCCACAGUACCUUCAAAAUCACCACCGGCAUGGACGCCUUAUCGAUGGAAGACUCAGCCAUUGUGGACGACGACGAGCCCAUCGGAUCCACCGACGACGACUUUGACUACCUCAAGUACUCCCAGCAGAAAGCCGCGUUGAUCGCCGGAGAUAUGAUCUCGUUUGGUCUCUUGAGCAUCAACAAUAUCCGUCCCGAGCACCACAACCUCAUCAAGUUUCUUGACACCCGGACCUUUGACAUCUAA